AUGGAGAUAGUCUUCCCUGUAGACUCUAGAAGAUGCAAAAAAGAGGGACCAAGUGACAAGAGGUUUGUAACAGGAGAUAAUCUGGGUGCACAGAUUUUAUUUGAGUCUGCUGCCUUAGGAGAGAUACUGAAGGAAGAAGAAAAUGGGAAGGGCCUCAUAGCUACUACCUAUGCAGGUUCUGCUGGUCUGCUGGCUCCUGAAAUAGGUUUUGGAAGUAAAGUUACAACAUACCUACUUGCUAAAGACAAAAUGAUGAAUGGAAGUCAUUACAGCUACCCUGAGAAUUGGGUGGAAAAGGACAGCCUGAUUUUUACAAGUCAAGGGCCCAGGACUGGCUUCGCCUUUGCUCUUGGGAUUGUUGAGGCCUAA